AUUAUUUUCUAGAAAAAUCCAAAUCUAUCGAUGAUACCGUUGUAGGAUUGAUGCAUUUACGAAAACUUACUCUAAAUGACAAUGUUGUACAUACUGUUAUUACAGAACCAAUUGACAUUAAAAGUGAAGGAUGUAGUUUUCAUUAUCAAUCAAAUGAACAGAUAUAUAAAAAUGAUAAUCGAUUGAGAAGAAUAAGUACUAGUCAAGAGAGUGAUGUAUACACGUACAACAAACAGAGAAGACUUUUGAAAUGGUCCGUUAUAGAAAGUACCAAAAUGAUGACCGCACUGUUUUUCGAUCAAUUACCAAUUAUGUUAGAAAAAGAGAUAAACAUUGGAGCAGUAAAAACUGAAAUUCCUACUGAACAUCAUCAUGAUCACAUCUGUGAUAGCGUCAAUAAGAAAGUAAAACCACAUUAUAGUUGUCUUUCAGUUAUUUCAUUGCCAAGAUCUUCAGCUGAUGAACAACAUUUAGGAGAGUUUCACUCGAAUCAUGAACGUAUUUUUCGUUACUUAUUCACCCAAGAUUUAAAAGCAACAUCAUAUUAUCAAGUAAAUUUCUUGGAACGUCAUGGUUUAACCGAAUCAGUUCGAGCAACUCUAUGCGAUUGGAUGAUAAAAGUACAACAAUAUUUAAAAUUACGCACAGAAUCAUUGCAUUUAGCUGUCAAUCUAGUUGAUCAGUAUACUUGGCGAAAAAUUACUUUAUUUCCAUCAGAAUAUCAACUACUUGGUAUUACAGCUAUAUUUAUUGCUGUAAAAUUCAUUGAACGCUUUCCUCCAGCAACUAAAACUUUGUGUUAUUUGACUGAGAAUUCGUAUAGUACUAAACAGGUUCUAGAUUUUGAAUUCAAAGUGUUACAAACAUUGGAUUUUGGUAUAAAUAUUCCUUUGCCACAUCAUUUCUUAGAUCGUGCAAUAACAGCUUGUUAUGAUUUAACUUUAACUGGUAAGGCAAAGAUAGAAUUAAUCUGUCGUUAUCUUUUUGAACUGAGCUUAACUGAACUAUCAGCUGCAGGUACUUUAGCCACAGUGAAAUGUGCAGCUGGUGUCUACUUAGCACGUGAACUUAUACGAUUAGAGUAUAAAAAUGGGAAAAACAAGACAAACGACAUACAAAUGGAUCAUGUUGGCAAUCAUAGUUUAUCAGUAACAUUUGAAACAUGGCCAGAAGUUAUUGGUCGAACUAUGGGACAUGAGAAUGUUAUCACUCUGCUACCGAUGGUACUCAUAUAUAUACAAAAUAUAAUACGAAUUUUACCAAAUUCCAAUACAGACAACGAAAAUUACGAGGCUGCUUUUCAUAAAUUCAGUAAUCGAAGCUAUGGUCGAAUAGCUCAGUCCAGUUUACUUAUGGAUGCUGAUUAUGAUUUGAUCAUACAAGAUAUCAAUAGAAAAAUGACAAGUCAUUCUAAAAUGAACAAAAAGCGAUUGUUAUGAGAUAGAAAUUGAAACAUACACACAAUGAACAGUUGUAGCAAUUAAUCAUAUUGAUCGCUCAUAUUUCUUCUGUUAUCCAGAACGAAUAAUUGAAAACAAAUCAAUAAUAUAUUCAGUUUUAAUGAUCAGUUCGUUUGACAUUUGAACAAGAACACACAUACACACAGAGAGAAAAAUUAUCAACAAAUGAAUUGAAUAUUUUGCUACUCUUGCUAAUCUAUCCACCACUCGACGUUUUUCUUUUCUGUGAAACAAUAUAGAAAAAGCACUAACUUGAUUGCAUCAUCAAAAUUGUAGUGAUUUCAAUUCAGUGAAUUUGUUUCUGUUUUUGGUCAACUAUCUACCUCGGCUGUAUAAUAUUUUGGUCAACAUAAUGAAUGGCAUAAUAUACAUAUUUAACAAUUUUUUUCAGUACA